UCCUUAAUCCGAUCUCACCUUUUCCGUUCUUGUUUUUUUCGCUCCGAUUUCACUUUUUUUCUUCUUCAUUUUAUUUUUGCGAUUUAGGUUUAAAUACUAGGUUGCUUCGAUUCAUUAGUUUUAUUCUUCGUUUAGAUUACGAUCGAUUUCAAUUUAUUUUCGUAUUUACUUUGAUUCGAUCUCUCAUCGCUUUGUUUGAAUUUUUGAAAUUACAAUAACACACUAAAAUCAGUUUCACUUCAAUUCAACCUUUGGUCCUAAUAAUUGUAAUGGAGCCUCUAACCCUAGUGUAAUUCUUUUCCUGAAAUACCAUAACCACUGUUUGAAAUGCAUGAAUUACUAAUAGACUUCCCCACAGGCUGUGGAAUUGGCUUUGAUGGAUUCAUCAUCAUUUGCUGAUUUAUAUCUUUAAAGAACAUUUCGUGUAUAUAGCAGGGCGAUGGAAGUUACGCAGGCGCUUUUGAAUACAAUUGAAACAAGAAUUCAGGUCUCAAUAAUCGAAUUUAAUUUAAUCCUAUGAAGAAGGGCAAAGAAUAUAAGAAAAGAUUGGAAAGUUUGAUUGAGUUGGAUAAAAUUACCGAGACUAGGGUUCAAGAUGUAGCAUGGCUCUGUUCACUUUCACAAUCUGAGAUUGAUAUGCUGAUUAGCUUGAAACUGUUGAUAAUUAAGCGAGCAGAAAAGAUAGGAUGUAAGAAAUUGGCUGAUCAAUUUGACCUUAAGAUGCUUCGAGGCAUUGCAUUUGUUUUGAUGGAAAAUCUCAAAGCAGAGAUAAAAGACACAUCUCUUAUACCAGAUAUAGUGAAAUCUUCUGAUUUUUUAGAUGCAUGCAACCUACUGAACUGUAAUAACGAGGUUUCUUCAACUGUUGAAGAGCUAAGUACAAGUGUUGGUGCUGAUAUACAACCAAUUCUUCAAGGACAUGUAAAUUCACCAACUUCCAAAGGAAAGAAGCAGAAAAGUUGAUCGCAGUGAGUAAAAGAUUUUGCUCUUCAAGGAUGACUUGAAGGAUCUAGCUUAUGAACUUUGCUGCAGAAACACUUGAUUUUGAUUUUUGAAUGACCUUAUUGGAUGAAUUUAGAAAGUUGAUGAAAGAAUGUGAGGCAAGAGCAUGAGUUCAUGCAUAUGUGGGUGGAAUUUUAGUAUAGAAUUACUUAGGAUAAAUGUAUAUUCUUUCAUAGCAUUUUGGUUACUUUAGACUACCUGAUAUUGACAUUGAUCGAAUUGUCUUGGCAAGAUCUGAUAUAUAUUUAUUGAAGGGAGGACAAACUUUAGAUAACUAGUAUCUAUGCAUUGCUGGUUAUAUUAUUUGAGAUUUCUAA